GAGAUGAUGUUUGCGAUCCUCCUCGGUGACGUGGACCUGACCUGGGUGCUGAAGGCGAGUCCGCUGAGCUGUGUGUUCCUGCUGACCUUCAUCCUGACACUGGUGCUGGUUAUGGUCAACAUGUUCCUGGCUAUACUCGUGGACUCUAUCAAACACGUCAAGGAUGAUGUAAGAAGGCUGAGGAAGGAGAAUGAACUGACAGACUUCAUGAUCCAUCGUCUCAAGACAAUGUUCAGGGUGACGGAUAAGACGUCACCUCCAUCUAGCAAGAUCACAACUUCACAACCGAAGCCUGACCGUCCACCCAUUCCCAACACUCGUGAGGGGUAA